AUGUCCCAGCUAUUACCUUUAGAGCUUAUUGACAAAUGCAUCGGAUCGCAGAUCUGGGUGGUUAUGAAAACUGAAAAGGAAUUCACCGGCAAAUUGCUUGGUUUUGACGAUUAUGUCAAUAUGGUGUUGGAGGAUGUAACAGAAUACGAAAACACGCCUCAAGGAUACAAGACAAACAAGUUGGAUCAGAUUUUAUUGAAUGGAAACAAUAUUUGCACGUUGAUUCCUGGAGGCACUGGUCCUGUGUAG